UGAAAAUAUUAAUAGGAAGUAUCUUAUAUUGCUGCUGUCUUGACGCGGGUUCAUGCCGCACUGCUUCAGCCUCAUUAAGGUAGCGUGAACAGUUCAUCGGGCUGUCAGUUAAUUCCUUUAAACAGGUCACAAUGAAUCAAGAGAAGCUGGCCAAACUCCAGGCACAAGUGCGGAUAGGUGGAAAGGGAACGGCCCGCAGGAAGAAAAAGGUUGUUCACAAAACGGCAUCAGCGGAUGACAAAAAACUCCAGGGCUCACUGAAGAAACUGGCAGUGAACAACAUUGCAGGGAUAGAAGAGGUGAAUAUGAUAAAAGAUGAUGGGACAGUGAUCCACUUCAACAACCCCAAAGUGCAGGCAUCGCUGUCUGCCAACACCUUCGCCAUCACAGGCCACGCUGAGACCAAGCAGUUGACAGAGAUGCUGCCAGGCAUCCUGAGCCAGCUGGGAGCUGACAGCCUCAGCAGCCUGCGCAAGCUGGCCGAGCAGUUCCCACGGCAAUCAAUGGACAUGAAAGCAGUCAAGGAGGAAAUUGCAGAGGAGGAGGAUGACGAUGUACCAGAUCUUGUGGAGAACUUUGAUGAAGCCUCAAAGGAUGAAGCAAACUGAUGAACCCUUUUGUUUUCCUCCUUCAGCCGUUUAAUUUUUUACCUCUUACGGACUCACAGAGAGCAUUUCCUCUUGUGGGAAACGGUUGUUAAAGGUGCGAGUCAUCAUCUCUGGAGAUGUGAACCACUUUAGUUUAGCCUCCCACAACAGUACA